CUAGUCCGAUAGUAGCUUCGUCAUACGGUUCUCUUACAUUAGUGAACUCUUUACAUUAUGCAGACACGUAUCAGCUAGAAAGGAUCUUCUUGGUGUUACUAUGAGUUGCUGUUGUCUCCUUAUCCACAUGUGUAGUCAAAAGGACAUUUACUGUCAGAACGAUGAAUUGAAGGGUCUUGGAUUCGUGAUGUUCUCAUGAACAUGGUUCGUUUACUCUAAUCAUGGGCUAUUUCGUAUCAUCGGCGUGGAAGAAAUAGCCUCUUUAUGUGUUUCGUGGCAAUUCCACGUGCCCUUGUCACGAUCCGUGGACGCAGCCGUGGAAAUUUACGCACUUUCGUUCGGCGUACACAUCGUCCACUAUCCACAAAAACCGAAGGCUAUCUGCAAUUGGUCGUGUCACCAAGCACGAUGACGAGUGAGAGCGAAGGGGAUAAAAUGUCGGUCGGCGAUCUUCGACGUUGGCUUGAUGAGUUUGGUGAAAGCAAUAAGAGACACUUCCAACAAAAUCAGGUUAUAAAGCACACGCAGGCCUACCCGAUUCGUCGAAAAAUCUCCCAGCUUGAACAAAGCUUUCGCCUUUCCUCUUCUAGCAUCGCUGGAUCGGAAGCGAGUUCGCCGGCCGCUAAAGCAUGUGAUCCUGUCUGUCCUUCCGAUGCAAGGUUUGUGGUGACUCCUCCUGUAAAGACAUCAAAUGGAAUCGGCCAGCCGCCAAGCGUCCCACGAAUUCGCAAGUUCUCUUCCCACGUUCAACCUGGUAUGGAAAACGUUGACUGUGAAUAUGAUGGUUUUCGAGUUGUUUCCGUUGAGAAGCUAGUGGGACGGCCUAAGCCAUCAUGGCAAAGUGGUAUCCCUUCGUGGGGCGACGCCGAUGACAACUUCGUCAAGUCCCUAUGGAACACCGACAUUGAUUCAGACCAUGUCGCAGCAUUUUAUCAUGAAAAGACAUCAUGGUCAGAUGGAGAAUGGGACAGAGAAAGCGAUGACGGCAACAUGGCACUCAUUGAGCUUGAGAAGACCUCUGUAAGCGCUGGAUAUCUGACCAGUGACUGUGGUCUGCGGCAAAACCGUCGUCAAGCUGCUCAUAGGAAUAAAAAUGGUUUUAAAAGCAGCACAGAAUUUACCGCGAAAAACCGAAGGGAGAGAAGCGCCUUGAAGUGGCGUCGCAGGCUCCCGAUGCUUCUCUGCAAAAGCCAAAAACACGGCAUCGGAAUAGAGCCUAGACCUGCUCCUAUACAUAUUGAUGUUUCUCUUGCAGGCCAGUCCUCAGCGGGUCAGUCUACUGAAGCUACUACAUGUGAAACAGAGCCAAUGAGUGUGAUAAGCUGGAGUCCCAAAAGAAAUGGUUCUGUUGGACAAUUAACAACUGCCGGUGAUCAAUCGAAAGCUUCAGCGUUGUUUGAAGGAGACACGGAGCUCCGUCCCUCUCCUUUCCAAUUAGAUUCUCAUCAUCGCAAGCAAGCUUUGACUACGCAUUCCCAUGGCGCAGACUGGCAAUUGGAUUCCAUUAUCCCAGGUGCGUUACAAGGCUCUCUGGCCGAGAUCUUUGGCCAAGAAAACGACAAAGACAUCCUUGAAGCGAAGUCGCCCUCUGUAGUAGGGCGCCAGCUGGACAAACACGCCCUUUCAGGGUACGAAAUUCAACGCUCCUGUAGUGAGGUGUCCGAAGUAUCCACGUCGCUUAGCGUGUCUGUUGUUGCAGAGCACUUUGGUGGACGUUCCCCGUCAAAAUCACAAUCGGCAGUGCAGCGUCGCAAGGACCAGCUCGAGCAACAGUGGGCUGCCAAUCGUGCACCCACGCAUUCAAAAAAGAUUGAGUGGCAAGCCUGUCGCCGUACUGGAGCGUAUAGGAAAAAAGUGGUCCUCGAGUACGACUAGGAAACACUUUUAUAGAAGAGAAAACAUACGAUUGAAUUUACGGGCUUUUGAUAAUUUGUUGAGACACACCUUGGUGCAGAUGGCGUAUUGUGGUAUAAACAC